AUGCUACUGUUUGGUCGCCCAGGACAGGAAGUUGCCGAAAUGAAUCUGGGUCCACUGUCGGAAGAGUCCCCUAGGACAGUUGACUCAUGGGUGCAGGAGCACCAGGACAAACUGAGAACUGUAUAUCGGCUGGUCAAUGAGAAGUUGCAACAACUAACCACUAGGGAUCACCAACCUGUGCAGACUGCACCCUUGACGCCGGGUGACCGAGUAUUGGUGCGUGCUAAACGGCCCACAGAUAAAUUGGAUGACCGCUGGGAAGCACAACCAUAUAUUGUAAAGAGGCAGGUGUAUCCGGAAGGCCCAGUCUACGACUUGCAAAAGGAAAACUCUAAUGGACCGAUUCGAAGAUUACAUCGCAACAUGCUCAGGCCCUGUCUCUCAGAGAGUUGCCCCACGACAGACAAUUCUAGAGAUGUUCAGCAGCGACCUUCGAAACCUCCAAGAGAUGUAGGAUGGUGUGUAAUUACUACAUUUCCUUCACAAACUAGUGAAUCACCCGCUCCCAAUGGGGCGGCAGCGGAGGCUACCCCUGAGAAUGCUCUACCACCCCGGGAGGAGCCGGGCCUUAUUCCUACACCAAGUACAGAAAACUUAGGCUUACGCAGGUCGGAGCGCUCCACGUCAGGUAUUCCCCCUCAGCGCUAUGCAGCAGAUGAGUUUAUUUGGUGA